UGAGGCGCCGCGGCCGGGUCCCUCUCCACCUGCCGGGCAGAGCGCACAGGCCAUGGGCUGAGCCCCGCUGAGCCCGCCGGGCCGGCCAUGGGCGAUCGCGAGCGCAACAAGAAGCGGCUGCUGGAGCUGCUGCGGGCGCCGGACACAGGCAACGCGCACUGCGCCGACUGCGGGGCGGCAGCUCCGCGCCGAGCCCCGCGGUGCGCCCCCCGCGCCCUCUUCUCGGUUCCCUCUGAGUCCCGUCACUUCCACAUCGCGCCGCCUCAGACUCUCUCUCCCGGCCCUGAACUGCCUCCAGGAUCUUCACCCCGGUCGCCGCGCAGCGGCCGGUGGGCUAACCAGAAGAUCCCGACUGGGCCUCUUACAAGCUGGGGAUCUUCAUCUGUCUCAACUGCUGCGGCGUCCACCGUAACUUCCCUGACAUCAGCAGAGUUAAAUCCGUGCGACUUGACUUCUGGGACGACAGUAUUGUGGAGGGUCUUAAAGGAACAAUGGAUUCGAGCUAAGUAUGAGAGACGGGAAUUUAUGGCCGGUGGGGAAACCAUCUCGCUCCCAGGUAACCGAGAAGGAUUCCUGUGGAAGCGAGGAAGGGACAACUCACAGUUUCUGAGAAGGAGGUUUGUACUUCUGGCAAGAGAAGGCCUCCUGAAGUACUUCACAAAGGAACAGGGUAAAAGCCCCAAAGCUGUCAUCAGCAUUAAGGACUUGAAUGCCACCUUCCAGACAGAGAAGAUAGGGCACCCCCAUGGGCUGCAGAUCACCUACAGGAGAGAUGGCCACACCAGGAACCUGUUUGUGUAUCAUGAAAGUGGGAAGGAGAUAGUGGACUGGUUCAAUGCCCUCCGUGCAGCCCGUCUGCAGUACCUAAAAAUGGCCUUUCCUGAACUCCCGGAGUCUGAGCUCGUGCCAUUCCUCACCAGGAACUACCUCAAACAAGGCUUCAUGGAAAAGACUGGGCCAAAGCAGAAAGAACCUUUCAAGAAAAGGUGGUUCGCCCUGGAUUGCCAUGAGCGGAGGCUGCUCUAUUAUAAGAACCCACUGGAUGCCUUCGAGCAGGGCCAGGUUUUUCUUGGGAACAAGGAGCAGGGAUAUGAAGUCUAUGAAGACCUGCCCAAGGGCAUCCGAGGAAAUCGCUGGAAAGCCGGACUCACCAUUGUCACCCCAGAGCGGAGAUUUGUCCUCACUUGCCCCAACGAGAAGGAGCAGCAGGAAUGGCUGGAAAGUUUGCGGGGUGUCCUGUCCAGCCCCUUGACACCCCUCAACCGCCUCAGUAAGAAGCAGGAACUGAGGGGUGUUCUUUUGGCCAAGGGCAGAGGGCAGAAAGCUGCAUCAACAGAGAGUGGCCACAGCAGCAGGUGACCCAUUAACUGAGGAACUGGCUGCCACUGAACACCUGGAACUCCUUGUGGGAAGAAGUUUGCACCUCGUCCCUGGCUGCCCACCAUCAGUGCCCCGCAGUCAGCAGCCAUCCGUGGCAGUGAACUCCGCCAGGACUGAAACUAUGGCUUUAUCCAUCAGCUCCCUGAGCCUUCCCCGAAACCCACCCCGGGGAUCUGAGGAUCUGGUACAUAGAUGAACAUCUAUCGCCUCCUCUCCCAUACAGACCUAGGCUUGAAAUGCCCUACAGGCCCAGAACUUUCUCACAUCUGAAAUGGAGGCAUUGCAAUGAAAAGGCACCCACAGCAUCAUGCAAGUGGCAUCUUGUAAAAAAAAAAAAAAAAAAAAAAGUUUAAUCUGAAUCUAACCAUGAGGAAAUAAUCAGACAAAUCCAAAUUAGGGGCAUUCUGCUAAACAUCUGACCCAGACUCUUCAAAAAUGAAGAGUGAAAGAUAAAUUAGUCAAUGGCCGGGCGCAGUGAGUUUGCGCCAUUGCAUUCCAGCCUGGGUGACAGAGCGAGACACCGUACCAAAAAAAAAAAAAAAAAAAAAAAAGAGGAACCGAAUGAAAUCUCAAAUGGCCGAAAUGUUAGAGAAACAGAACGCCAAGGCCCCUGCUCUGUGACUCGUUCCUUUCCUCUGUCUUCAGGCAACACGCAGAAAUACACUGGAUGUUCUCUCUUCACUUCAAUGGAGAUCCAAGGAGCUGGGAGGGUCUCUUAAGAGAUUCUCUGUGGCUGGGUGUGAUGGCUCAUGCCCAUAAUCCCAGCCCUUUGGGAAGCUGAGGCAGGAGGAUUGAGACCAGGAGUUUGAGAGCAGCCUGGGCAACACAGUGAGACCCCAUCUCUACAAAGAAAAAAAAAAUUAGCUGGGCAUGGUAGUGCAUGCCUGUAGUCCCAGCUACUCUGGAUGCUGAUGUGAGAGGAUCACUUGAGCCAGGGAGGUCAUGGCUACAGUGACCCCUCAUUGCACCACUGCACUUAGCCUGGGUGACAGAGUGAGACCCUGUCUCAAAAAAAAAAAAAAAAACUAUGCAUUUUAUGGGACUUUCCUUUGGAUACCCCAAUCAAAGGAUAAGCAAUGCAUAAACCUGUGUCCUUCCUGAAGCUUCUCGACUGCCCAGAUAGGGCGGUGAGUCCUCUCUAUCUCCUCUGGCUCUGGAAGCACCUUGAAAAUGUGCAUUUUCUUUUUUUUUUUUUUUUUUUUUUUUUGAGACAGAGUCUCGCUCUGUCGCCCAGGCUGGAGUGCAGUGGCGCGAUCUCGGCUCACUGCAAGCUCCGCCUCCCAGGUUCACGCCAUUCUCCUGCCUCAGCCUCCCGAGUAGCUGGGACUACGGGCGCCCGCCACUGCGCCCGGCUAAUUUUUUGUAUUUUUAGUAGAGACGGGGUUUCACCGUGGUCUCGAUCUCCUGACCUCGUGAUCCGCCCGCCUCGGCCUCCCAAAGUGCUGGGAUUACAGGCUUGAGCCACCGCGCCCGGCCCUGAAAAUGUGCAUUUUCAAGGACACUUGCUGGGUUGUGCAUUAAGGGCCAGUUUACUUGUCUGCCUCUUUGACCGCCUGUGAACUCUGUUGGGGGUACUCCGCUAAGUUCUGGGGAUGAGGAAAUUAAUAAAGGUACAGUCUUGCCCUCAA